UGAGUGAGUGAGAGAGAGAGAGAGAGAGAGAGAGAGUUGUGCCCACGAGACACCCCCAGCCAUCCGGCUCACGCGCGCGUAGCAGCAGCAGCAUUUGAGACUCAAUGCACAUCACGAAGCUCUCGCGCAGGACGUCCGACAGACCUAGGGGAUAAAGUUUUACCGUCUUUACCCUUUCCCUUUAUACUUUUUGUGGUUUAACCGUACAAUGUGAGGAGAAUGGCCGGGACAAGCGCUGAUUGGGUGGAAAUCCUUGAGCCUCGUUCGCAAGAACGCAUGUAUGUGAAUCUGGCCACGGGAGAGUGUGGCUGGGACCCACCCACCGAUGUGCCGGUCCGCCAGGCUGAUGGCAACCAGUGGUGGGAGCUUUUUGACCCCCAGAGCGGCAGGUUUUACUACUACAACUCUGCUGGCCGCUUGACCGUAUGGCACAGACCUCAGGGUGCAGAUAUUGUCCCUCUGUCUCAGCUCCAGGCCAUGAAACGCAGCACUGGGUCUGAGCGCAAGGCUGAUGGGGGUACUAGGGAAAGGCAACAUGGGACUCAGUCCACAGGGAGUCAAGAUAGACGCACCCCUCUACCACCCAUGGAGCCCUACACUAAAGAGCCAGAAUGUGCCGGCAAAGAGUCUAAACAACAAGAAAUGGACAACAGACAGAAACCAGACAUCCACAGCGUCGAUAGCAGCAAAGACUCACUCAGGGAAGAGCAAAGAGACACAUCUCAAAGGUGGCAGCCCUCUCCUGGAUCCAAAGCCGCCAUGUUGGUAAAGGUCAGCAGCAUUGGCAGAAGCCAGACAAGAGGAACCAGCGGAACUGCUUCCCUUCAUCUCCCACAGAGCAAAGCCAGUGACCAUAGUGCCUGCACACUCAAUCCUGGCAGUGUCAAAUCUGUUUCAGGCUACAUGCUGUCACCACAGGCUUACAAAACCACACCAGGAGGAAAAAUAGCAGCAGACUCCAGGCAGGCCCACCACUUGAGGAAGGCAAGCAAUGGCAGCUUCUGCCUGGUGACCCCUGAGGACUCGACAGCAUCUCUACGGCCACAUUCUAACUCACCUAGGCCAAUAUCUCCUCAGUAUGGAGCAACCGCACGCCUCUACAAUGAUCCAUCAUCUGAUUGCCCCAUUUACGACGAACCUCCAGUAGAUAUGGAGGUUGAAGGUGCUCACCUACACAACGGCCCAUCUAGACACAGUCUCCAGAAGAUGAAACUUCUCCAGCACCCGGGUCAAUCUCACAGCAGUUCCAGACACAAGAGGAACCCAUCAGACUAUAGUCCAGCAGGGUUAGAGUGUAUCAAGCACAUGGUGAAUGUAGACCCCAAGCAAGGGCUUCUUUCCACCUCACCGGUCCCCUCUCCCAGCCCCUCUCCAACCUCCGCAUCUGAAUCUCUGCUUCUCCCGACAAGGGGGCUUCAGAAGGAGCCCGCCAGCCUGGAGAAGAAGCAGUCAUGGAGGAUCCUAGAAGCAAGUGUUCUCAGAGCCAUGGAAGUGCACCAUAGCCGGCAGGGCAGCCAAGGAUCUCAGGACUAUUCAACACCACCACCUCCCGCAGUUAGCUAUCAAGACUCGGGUUACUCAACCGGCCCAUCUCCAAGUCUGCGGAGGAAAAGCAGGAGGAGGAUGGGUGCCGGGGCCCAGGGCCGACCUGGGUCUGUGGGCAGCACUGGGGAACUCACAGCCCUGAACGAGCGUCUGAUGGAAGAGAUGAGGGAGGUGGUUAGUCGCUCGAACACCAUGCGGGAGACCAAAGCUAGUCUGGACUCUGAGAUGUCGGAGAGCUCUUCCUCCCAGCGCACACACAGUGUGGGACAGUGCUCCUCCAGGGAGGACAUUGCAUCUUGCAGCAGGUCACUUAGCAGGACAAAUAACUAUCCCAGUAUGGCAUUCACACCUCUGGAGAUUCCAGGACGACAGAAGAGGACUUAUGAAAAGGUGGACACGCUUGAGAAGAGUGUGACUUUGUCCUCACCUGAGACUGCUGGACCCCCUUCACAGGCGGGAACUCUGGAGCCAACGGUUCAGCUGGAGAGUAGAAAGAAAGGUAUGGUAGACAACCGAACGGGCUCACUCGGCCCUCAUCGCCACGUAGCCAGCGACUCCAAUUUGCAGGCAGGUGGUGCUGGAGCUUACCAGCUUUCCUACGCCACCCUCCGUCAACCCCCACCCCCAGAUGCCAACAUGGCUGACUGGGCCAGCAAGCACCUGAACAUGCACACCCAGGGCCUGUUCCGCCGCCGAGUUUCCAUCGCCAACAUGCUGUCCUGGAACCGCGGCUCCAUCAAGAAGCCUAUGCUGAUGACCAACGACCGCACUGUACGCAAAGAAGCCUGCGAGAUGUUUAAGCUCGUCCAGGCAUACAUGGGUGACCGGCCCUCACGGCUGGACCGGCGCCACGUGGCUCUCCUCAUUGUCACCAAGUGCUGGGGCAUGCAGGGCCUGAGGGACGAGCUCUAUGUCCAACUCGUGAGGCAGACCACAGGCAACACAAGCCCACGCAGCCUGGCAGCAGGCUGGGAGCUCAUGGCUGUGUGCCUUGCCUUCUUCGCUCCUUCACCCAAGUUCUGCUGCUACCUGGAAGGCUACAUUCAGCGGCACGUGGAGCCAGCCAAUGACAAGAAAAUAACCCGAUACAUAUUGGACCAGCAGGAUAUUAAGAAGAAGAACUCAAAGUCAAGGAAGAAGAGAAAACAGAACUCAGAGGAAGAAACAGAGGCUCUCCCUAUCAGCACAUAUGCCAAGUACUGCUACCGGAAGCUCCAGAAAGUGGCGGUCACUGGAGGGAAAAAGGGUCUCCGUAAGCCCAGUUUGGAGGAGGUAGACCACAGUCGGCGUGCCAUCAUGACCCCUUCGCUGUUUGGCAGCUCUCUAGAGGAAGUGAUGGAGCGGCAGAGUGAACUCUUCCCAGACAGGAAGUUGCCAUGGGUGCAAGUGCAGCUGUCUCAGUAUGUGCUAGCUCUGGGCGGAGCGCAGACUGAAGGCAUAUUCAGGGUUCCUGGUGACAUUGAUGAAGUUAAUGCACUGAAGCUUCAGGUGGACCAGUGGAGGAUUCCUGAAAAUCUGUCAGACCCCAAUGUUCCUGCCUCUCUGAUGAAGCUGUGGUACCGUGAGCUGGAGGAGCCUCUCAUCCCCAUGAGUUUCUACAAGCAGUGUGUCAGUAACUAUGAUGAUCCUGUGGAAGCCAUCAGUGUGGUGCAGUCGCUGCCUGAGCUCAACCGACUGGUGCUGUGCUACUUCAUCCACUUCCUGCAGGUUUUUGCUCAGCCUGCAAACGUUGCAGUCACUAAAAUGGACGUGAACAACCUUGCUAUGGUAAUGGCUCCUAAUUGCCUUCGGUGCCAAUCGGACGACCCCCGUGUCAUAUUUGAGAACACCCGCAAAGAGAUGUCUUUCUUGCGAAUGCUCAUUGUACAUCUGGACACAAGCUUCAUAGAGGGCAUUGUUUAAAGUUCUUCUUACUACUUACUAGCAGAACAGGAAUCAGUGAUACACAACCAACCUGCUUACAAACACAGACACAAAUGACAUUGUGGACAAAAAUUAAAAACCUAGGACAAAAGUACAAUUUUAAGGAUGAUUGUAGGUUUUUUUUUUUUUGUUUGGUUGUUUCAUUUUGAGUCACUAUUACUUUCGUUAGUUAAGUGUGUUCUGUACAGUUUAUUGAUAUAAAGACUGUUGAAGUUGAAAUUCAGUUCUUUGCAUGCUGAAGAAAAGCAUGAAAAAAUGUUUCAUCUUCAGUUCCAAUGGUCAUGAAUUGUUGAUGGUUUACAUGUGUUAAUGUACAUUGCAAGGGUCAAAGUUAAAAGUAACUUGCAUGGAUGCAUUGCUUUGUGAGCACUCAAAUGCUGUUUGCUUGUUUUGUAUAGUAAGUCAUAUUGUGAGAGGCAUUGAGAAACCACUUUUUUUGUUCUCUGACAGUAUCUUUGUGUAUUUGUGGAUUUAAAAGAAAGAUAUAAUCUGUUAUGUCAUGUACAGGACAAAUGUAUAAGUGUUCCUAGUUUGAUCUGAAAACUUUUUAACUAUAGAAAAGAGAAAAAUAGCUUUUGUUAGAUAGGGUGUGAUUUUUUUUUUUUUUU